GGAUAGGCAUAUUGCCCUCCAUCAUUUUUGCGAAUUCGACUCAGUGAUAUCGGGGUGUCGAUGCUGCUUUCGCUUCGGUCUGCGACUAUCUUGUGCUGGCUGGCACUCCUGGGCAGGCAACAUGAGCAGUGUUGGCUCCCUCCUCCGCCUUUUCCAGUCGGAGCUCUUCGAUGAACACAUGCACAUGCUUUACCUACACCGCAUGGAGCAGCCCGGCGUCCAGGACUAUCUCGUGAACGAUCUGUACAAGAGAACGGACGACGACAUAGACUUCUACCUGCCGCAGCUCUGCCAAAUAGCGCUCCUGCGGUACCAGAAGUCGUCGCUGCACAGGUUCCUCCUGGACAAGGCAGCGCAGUCCAUGCACUUCGCCCUCAAGAUACACUGGCUCGUGCAGAGCGUUGUCGAAGACUCACAGCCCGAGCUCUGCGAGAACGCGUUGGCCAUGGUGAACAUGUGUGAGGCGGCCAUGGUGAAUUCAUCGGGGUCCAAGGCGACGGGGGCCAUCAGGACUCCGAAGGGGGGCUCGCCGGACAUCAGGAUUUCUAGGACGCGGUCCAGCUCGAACCCCGAUAUGCUCAGGGCGCCCGAGCUCGGCCAGGACGACGGCGCCACCGCCUCCGCCCGCAGGCCGAAGUCCCAGGAGCCGCCGUCGCCCGGCUCCCGCGGCGGGCCGGAGGAGCCCCCGGAGCACCACGGCCAGGGGGGGCCGCCGCGAACGGCGCAUCCCGCUUCCUCGUCGUCCCCCAGCCGGGGCGCUGCACUGCGGCACCUGACGGACGUCCUCUCGCGGGCACCCGACGGAAGGCUCCUCGCGCCCGAGGAGAGGGCCCAGGCGUUCGGCUGGCAGCCGCCGCUGCCCAACGCGUUCGCCGACCUGGGCGAGCCGGGGGGCAGCUGGCUGGCCUGUGGGCCGGACGAGGAG